AUGUUGAUUCAGCGUCAUGGACAAUUUGUCCACAAGGACCCCCUCCACACUUGGCCGCCGUGGAGCGUGGCGCAGCACCGCCGGAACCAAGCAGCCAUGCCCCAUGUCCAGCUGCAGGCACGAAACAAGUCGCAAGCUGCCCUCACUAGUACCUGGCAAUUCCUACCUGCUUGGCAGGGCGACGACGCCAAAAGGUCUGGCGGCUACGCGGCGGGCGGGCCACCAUGUUCAUGUUUCCAGUUCGGUGCUCGACCAUCGACGCACUGGGGCGAGGCUGAUCCCGCCGGACGAAAUCCGAACCGCCGGGGAACGCGAACGCGGACCGUCGAGAAUGAUGGGCCACGAAGCACACGCCAAGCGGCGCUUCCCCCAGCCGCCCCGCGACGUACCGAGUACGUAGGUACGUAUGACCGUGGCGAGGACUACGCACAAUAA